GGUGGGUAUUUCCUGCGUGCUUACUACAUUACAUACCAACAGUACCUGCUCAUCGCCUGUCUUGUCCUGUGCAUCCGGGGGAAAAGCCUUUUUUUUUUUUUCUUCCCUUCCUUCUUCCCCUGUUGCCGACGUGGACAGACAACUCAACCCUUUUUUCACUUACCUUUUUCACUGUCCACCUCAUAACUCGGUCAAUUAAGAGAAAACAACACUUCAUCACGCGAAGAAGAAAGGGGAGAAUUUCGCACUAGGAAAGCCGCCAAAAGGCUUCCUUCCCUUUCACCUUUUCACACCCCUCUGCGUUCAUCCGUCUGAGCGCGUUAUUAAUUCGCGUCGCUGCUGUUCCGCAUUCCGCGCGAAAAUCUACCGAUUAACUGUACUGUGCCUUACCGCCAGCACACCGGACAAUCACUUUUCCGCCGCAAAAAACCCGGAUCCCCCCCAAAAUCAAACCACAUCACAUCCGUUACCACGAACGAACGAACGAACGAACCGAGGGACCGUAAACGUGCCAGCGAGGAAGAGCGAAUACCUAAGUGAAACGAGAUAAAAGGCAAUUGAAUUUAAACAAAUCAACAAACAAAUAUGCUUCUACCGAGCGCAUUACCGUGCGAUGGUCGCGCGCCAUCCAGUCCUUUGAGAAGGUCCUCCCGUCAGUCACAGCAGAUGUUCGCAUCCUACCGAUCGCCACCACUCGAGGAGCCAAACCUGAUGGCGAAUGCGACGUCUGGGUUGAUACAGACAUGCAAGCGGUUACACCAGAUUCUCUCCGUCGACCGAUCGAGCACCCCCCCUCCGUCAAGGUCGCCGAUGAAGCUGCGAGAAGUGCCUCAGCCGAGCACGCCCCUGCGGAGGACCGCUCGUGGAGGAGUACGAACGCCCAUGAACAAGAACAAACGGUGUAGAGCGGUGGCCUUCUGCGGGAAGGAGGACGACAUUGAGAGUGAGAAUUCGGACCAGGAAUUGCGAGACCCCUUCUCCACCCCGAAGAAUAAACGUGCCAGGCUGAUGACCGCGCCCUCACCGCCAAAUCGGAACUUGCGAUUCAUGGACACGAGUACAGAGGCUUCGGAGGAGGAGGACGCAGUGUGGACUUCCGAGGAAGACAAGCAAUUGGUCGAAUUGGUACUGCGGAAGCUGAAAUUGUCCAAAGACGAUUGGGAAGAGUGCGCGCGAAGUCUCGGUCGACGGAACGGAAAAGCCCUGGGCAAGCGAUGGGACUCCCUCAUCUCGAAUAGACAGUUGGUGCUCCGGGACAAACGGAGGACAAAGCCUCGGCCGUCAAGGAGGAUCUGA